AAUUGGUUGGCAACCAGGACCCAGCCUGCUCCCAAGGCCGCAACCACCACCACCGCCUGAAUAUUACAUGCAGUAAACUGCAGACCUCAGACCAUAGCACUAGCGGGUUAGCAGCCCACCACUGGCUCGAAUAUUGUUCUACUCGCGCGACGCGCCGUUUUCGUCUGUUCCGUCCGGAUCCGGUUGCCGCCGCUCAGUCGUCACUCGUCGUCCGUACGGGUGGAACGGUGGUUGAUUGUCGUUGCGUCGUCCCUGUUAUGUCAGGGGAUGUUUUGGAAGUUUUCGAAGCCUGUCUAAUGAAGCCGUUUAAAUACCCAAGACUUGUGUUUAAAGGGCACCUGUACCAUUUCCACAAGCCAUGCUCUCGUCACCUCCGAUGGAAAUGCAACCGUGUGUAUGCAUUGAAGUGCCCGGCCGUGCUAAGGACGAGCAUGAAUAUGCUAAAUCUAGAGUAUAUUGCCGUCGAUCACGAUCACAAUCACGAAAUAGACGAAGCAGCAAUUACUAAUUUAAGAAUGAAAUUACAGAUGCUCAGAGCAUCUUCCUUCUUUCGGAAUAAUUCCAUGUUCAAAGGCAGGAAUCCUUGUCCUAAGAUUAUACAUCUUAAAGAAGGUAUAUCUAAGAAUAAUACCAAGCUUAAACCGAAGAAUGGUUAUGCUAACAUUAAUAUUGAUGAAGAGGAUAUACCUGAGAAUAUUAAAAAUAAUAAACUAGCUAGAUUUUGUGCUUCUAUUAAUCAAAUAUUUAAUGUUGAUCCACUUGAUUAUGACUAUGAAGAUAAUUACACAGAUGGACUUGAAAAAAUAAUCAAAAAUAAAAACUUAAAUGAUAUAAGUUUCGAUUUUGAAAAUCCAAGCAUUAGAAUUACAAGAAAUACAAGAAAACAAAAACAAAUUGAAUCUAAUAAUUUAAAAAAUGACACAACGAAGAAUAAUAUAAGGUGUUCUUCUUUCAAGAUCAAAACUUUUAACCAGGUGCAUGAUGAAAUGUUGCCAAAAGAACAAAACUUGAUUGUCAGUAAGAAGGAAAAAAAUGAUGGACAAGUGAAUGAAAGUUCUUUGCUUCCAAAUACAGAUAAAGAAAAAAAUACUUCUGCUAUUAACACAAAUCAAAAAAUAAAUAAUAAGACUAUUAAUACUCGCAAAACAAAAAAUUCUUUGAUUAGUGAUAUAAUUUUAGAUAAGAUUACUUUAACUAGUAAUACACAUGAAAAAAUAAAUACCUUAACUACUAAUACUUAUAUUCCCAAAGAAAAAAUUGCACUGAUUAGUAAUAUAAAUAAUGAUAAAAAUACAUUAACUAGUAAUACACACGGAGAUGAAAAUACUUUGACGAGUAAUACACACAAAGACAUUAAUAUAUUAACUACUAAUACUUGUACACCUAAAGAAAAAAAAUCAUCAAUUAGCAAUAUAAAGAAGGAUAAAAAUAAGUUGAUUAGUAAUAUAAACAAUUAUAGUAAUACUGUAACAAGUAAUUCACACGAAGAAAUAAAUACAUCAACUACUUAUACUCAUACACCCAAAGAAAAAAUUGCAUUGAUUAGCAAUAUAAAUAAAGAUAAAAAUACAUUAAGUAGUAAUACACACGGAGAUGAAAAUACUUUGACUAGUAAUACACACAAAGACAUAAAUACUUUAACUAAUAAUACUCAUACACCUAAAGAAAAAAAAUCAUCAAUUAGCAAUAUAAAGAAAGAUAAAAGUAAUUUGAUUAGGAAUAUAAACAAUUAUAGGAAUACUGUAACUAGUAAUUCACAUGAAGAAAUAAAUGCAUCAACUACUAAUACUCAUACUCCGAGAGGAAAAAUUUCAUUGAUUAGCAAUAUAAAUAAAGAUAAAAAUACAUUAAGUAGUAAUACACAUGAAGAAAAAAAUACUUUGACUACUAAGACUACCAAAAAAAAAGAUUCUUUGAUUAGAGCUUUAAAAAAAAAAAAUUCAUUUGGUAAUAACAUUCGCAAAAAUAAAAUUACUUCAAUAAGUAAUAUAAGCAAAAAUAAAUCUGUUACGUCUAGAAAAAGUUAUAAAAUAAAAAAUAUUCUAACUACCAAUAAACAAACAACUAAAAGGACUUUGGUUACAAAUACACAUAAAAAAAUAAAUAUUAGGACUACUAAUAAACAAAAAACAAAGAGCUCUUUAAUCAUAAAUACUCGCAGAAAAAAAAUGUAUUCUAAAUUAAAAAAGAAAACUCUGAAACCUACAAAUCAAAAUUCGCUUGAAAUGAAAAGUACAUCUAUAAUUUUAGCACCUACAAUUAAAACAACAUCUUCAAUUUUAACAUCUACAAUUAAAAUUAAACCUCCAAUUAGAAGUUGUAUGAACAACGCUAUUAAUUAUGAGGAUGAUAUUAGUAUUAAUAGUGACAGCGAUAGCUAUUACGAUAAUGAAGAACCUAAUCAUAAUAUAACCAAUGAUGUUAAUUUGGUGCAUGAUGAUAUGAUAUCGAUUUAUUGUAAAGAAAAUUGGCCAACAAUUUUAAACAACUUGAGUGAUCCUUUGACAGGAAUUGAGGUGUACAGAAGUAUUUUAUUUAACAAAGCAUGUAUUCUGUUACAAAAUCAAUGCACUAAAACUAAAUUAGAAAUUUUGAAAUUAAAAGGCCGUAACCUCCAAUGGCAAUUAAAAUUUGAAUGUUUGGAAUUUCAAAUAAAAACAUUAGUAGAAAGUACAAGAAGUGACAGAAAUACAAGACACAUCAGUAUUCAAAAUCAAAAUCAAAAGGAUGCAGCAUUAUGUAGAAGUAUUGGAGUUGGAAAGAAAGAGACCACCAAUGCAGGUAGAAAGAAAAAAGUUUGUACAGAUUUAAAAAACGAUAUUACACCAGAUAACUUUAAAACUUUGAAAUCAUACCAACAAUCUUUGAACAGUGAAGACGGAAAUCUAACUGAAUGUGAGACAGAUAUUAAUACAACUAAAUCCAAAGAAAUCAAAACAAAUUUAUCUUCUACACAAGUGAUGGUUGAUUUGAUAAAAGAUAUUCCACCAAGUACAACUGCUUCAAUAUUAAUCCCGGAAUCUUCAGAAAGUAAAAAAAGAAGUGUAUCCGAAUGUGAUACAUAUAUUACAAGAUCAAAAACUAAGAUAAUAAAAACUAAUCAUUCUUCUAUUCCAAAUUUUGAUAAUUUGAAUGUACAUAUUCCACCAGAGACAACAAUUUCAAUAAUAAGCCCUGAAUCUAUUUACACUGAACAAGACAAUUUAACUCAGUCUGACUCUGGUAUUGAGAUAACUAAAUCCAAAGUUAUUGAGACUAAUGAACAGUCUACUUUAGAGUCCUCAAAUAUAUGUCCAGAUUUUGCAAUUUUGACUCAAUAUGGUACAGAAAUUGAAUUCUCUGAAAUAACUGAGUCCAAUAUGAUUGAUUGUUAUGAACCUGCCACUUCAGCUUCCAUUGAUAGAACUGUAAACAAUCCACCAGUUAUAACAACUUCAGGGUUAAGCUCGUAUUUGUUCAGUAAUCAAAAAACAAUUUCAACACAAUAUAACACAGAUAUUAGGAAAACUAGAUCUAAAACAAUGGAGUCUAGUCCUGCGUACAUCGAUUUAACUGUAGACAGUCCACCAGAUAUGAUCUCUUCAAGUGUAAACCCAAAUAUGUUAAAUGGUCAAUCAAGUUCGACUCUACACAACACACAAAUUGAGUGUUAUGAACCUUCUACUUCAACAUCCAUUGAUUUAACUGUAAACGAUCUACCAAUUAUGAUGAAUUCAAUGUUAAAAAAUAAAACAAAUAUAUUUACUCAAUGUAACAAAGAUAUUGAGAUAACUUCACUUACUUCAAUGUCCACUGAUUUAAGAAGUAAUAAUCCAACAUUUUCGAGUUCAUCUGUGAAGGCAACAACUCCAUUGAACAGUAAUGAUGAUCUUUGCAUGGAUGGUGAAUCAAAGGUUAAAAAACGUACUACCUUUGAUGUAUUUGUAGUUGGGAAAGAUGCACAACUUUCGACAGUAGAUGCAAAAAGAAUAAAACGCAUAGAUUGGAAGUGCCCUCAAGCCCUGUUUGUUUCUUCUAACCAAAUUCCCGUGGAGUUAUCACAUCAAAAUGCUAUUCUUCCAGUUGCCUUAAAAAGAAUAAAUGAGAAUCCCCCGUCACAAUAUCCAUUAUUGAAUAUGCUGCUUACUAAACCAAAUAAUACAGUCAUAAAACCAGCAGAAAUAAAUACAACACCCUUCAAUAAUCAAAUGAAUACACCAUUUCCACCAAAAAAUACAAUUAUAAAACAGGACAAAAGAACUUUUAUAUUAAAUAUCCCCGUCAAUUCUGUCAAUAAUCGAAUGAAAGCACCAUUACCUGAUGUUGUUUACGAAAGCACUCAAAUAACAAAUAAAAUCAAUUACCAGGAGACAAUUCAUUCAAAUUAUUCAUAUAACCUACGUAAAGCAGCUCACAAGAUGAAACCUGUACCCAUAGCUAUUCCAUUACCACCUUCAGAAAUAAUUUAUGGUUAUUCGGAUGAGAUAUAAAUUAUUUGUCUUUAAUAUAUGUAUUUAAAAUAUUAUAGGUGUACAAAUAAACUUUUUAAACAUUGA